UGCAUUUCUGCGCCACUGCUCCUCUAAAAACACCAGAAACUUUUCUUAAACAUUGCGAAUGGGAUAUCGGGCUUCCCAAGGAGGAGUAUCUACACUUUUUGGCGCGUUUUAAAUCCGGGACUGGAGAGAAAUCAAAGUGGAAGUGUAGGUGUGAUUGCUGUCAGCAUGUUGGAAAUGGCCUACCUGGACGGCUAUCUGUCAGUCGGGUCGGAACCUCUGGAACCCAAGCGCCUGCUUCCCAAAAGAGAAAAAACCUGCAUUGACCAGGAGACCAGCUUGACCGUGGGCCAGUACGUGCUGUGCCGCUGGUCUGACGGCCUUUACUACCUGGGCAAGAUCCAGAGAGUGAGCACCUCGAAGCAGAGUUGCUUUGUGACGUUUGAAGACAAUUCCAAGUUUUGGGUGCUUUGGAAAGACAUACAGCAUGCGGGGGUCCCUGGGGAGGAUCCCAAAUGCUCAAUGUGUUCUGACAUGUCUCUGGAUCCUGGUAAUGAAAUCCUUAUCUGUGGGAAGUGUGGAAUAGGCUACCACCAGCUCUGCCACUUGCCCCCAGUGGAGAGCUCAGCUGACCUGUCACCAUGGUUCUGCAGGAAAUGCAUUUUUGCUUUAGCUGUUAGAAAAGGGGGAGCUCUGAAAAAAGGUUCGAUCGCUAAAGCGCUGCAGGCCAUGAAGCAGGUGCUCAGCUAUAAUCCAGACGAGCUGGAGUGGGACUCGUUGCAUCGUACAAACCAUCAGCAGUGCUACUGUUACUGCGGAGGACCUGGAGAGUGGUACCUGAAAAUGCUGCAGUGUUUUCGCUGUGAGCAGUGGUUUCAUGAAGCGUGUACACAGUGCUUGCAGGAAUCCAUGAUGUUUGGAGAUAGGUUUUACUUGUUCAUUUGUGCGGUGUGCAAUAAAGGAAUGGAAUACAUCAAGCGGCUGGCUCUCAGAUGGGUGGAUGUCGUCCAUCUCGCUCUGUACAACCUUGGAGUUCAGAGUAAGAAAAAAUAUUUUGAACUGGAAGAGAUCCUUGCCUUCAUCAGUAACAACUGGGAGCAUUUCCAGCUGGGCAAGCUCUCCAGUACCCCUCCAUCUGAACGAGGCCAGUUUAUUCUUGAUGCCCUCAACAACUAUAAAAGCAAGUUUCUCUGUGGGAAGGAGAUCAAGAAGAGAAAAUGCAUUUUCCGACUAAGGACAAGGGUUCCCCCGAACCCGCCCUCUAAGUUGUUCCCGGAGAAGGCCCAGAACAGUGAGGGUCACAGGGGCCACAAGAAUGGGGCUAGCAGAAACAGUAAUUCUAUUCCUGUAGAGAAGAGAAGGAAGAAGAGGUCCAAAUGGCUGCUGGAGGAUGCUAUUCCUAAUAAUGACCUCACUUCCACUUGGAGCACCAAUCAUCACAUGGCCAACAUCUUUGACUUCACGCUGGAUGAGCUGCAGAGUUUAAAGAGUACUAGUUCAGGACGGACGUUCAGUUUGGACCAGGACUCCACCGAUGCAGCCAGUACUUCUGGAUCCGCCACUACCAGUGUCUCCUAUGACUUCAGGAAAAAUGUGGGAAGUCGGAAGAGGAAGUUGCCCUCUUGUAACUACUCUGUGCUGGCCACAAAGAGAGAGAUGGUGGAGAGUGAGCUCAGUCCGCUCAGCAUGCCUGUUGAGGAGAGCAACAUUAUGAUGGAGAACAGCAUCGACAGUCACACCUUUGAGAGCAUCAGUGAGGACGACGACUCGCUGUCUCACCUUAAGUCUUCCAUCACCAGCUAUUUUGGGGCAGCUGGUCGGCUCACCUGUGGGGAGAAAUAUCAGGUUCUGGCUCGUAGGAUCACACCCGAAGGCAAGGUGCAGUAUUUAGUGGAGUGGGAAGGAACUACACCUUACUGAAAGUCAUAGAACAGGAGGUGUCAAACAGAUGGGCGGCAAAGGAAGGUGACUUGGCUCUCAAUAGAUUCUCUUUAUUUUCCUGUGUUGCUUUUCUGAAAGUCAUAGUUUCAGAGUUUUAGAUUUUUCCACAAAUCAUAUUUUAUAAACCACAUAGUUGUGUUGUUUUGUUUUUUUCCUAGAAGCAAAGGGUUAUCUGAUACUCUGGUCUUGUUUGAUGUGGGACCUUAGUCUUUUAUUUUUCUUCAUUUCUUUUCUUGAAGUCAAUCACAGUGUCCUUUUGCUUGGGCACUUUAAACUCACAGACAUGAGCAGUCUGAUUUAGUUUAGACACAUAUGCUAACCUUACACAGUAUAACAGCGGUAUCAGUGAGUAGGCAGCAGAUAAAAGACAGUAUUAUACAAUAUUAAUUCAUUUUCAAUUUAGUUGUGGGACCCAAGAGUUUCAGUUCCUAUUGGUCAUCAAAGCGCCAUGGCAACUCAUCAAUUCUGAGUAGCUCUAGAUCUGUUUCAUAAGUGUAAAAGCCUAUAAAAAAAUUUUCAUUUUUGUAUGAAAGGAAUGCACCUUUAAUUAAGUUUGGGGUUCAAUUAAAGAAAUACUUGACCCCCAAAAUGAAAUCAUAUCAUUAUUUACUCCCCUUCAGACAGUAGGUGGCAAAAUAAUGACAGAAUUUGAAUUUUUUGGCUUAACUUUUCUUUUAAAGGAAUAUUCCAAAUUGAGCUCAAUCGACAGUAUUUGUGGGAUAAUGUUGAGUACAACAAAAAUUCAUUUGACUUGUCCUUUUCGUUAAGAAUGAACAAAAAAGCAAAAAUCUCAGUUACAGUGAGGCGCUUACUAUGUUAGUGAAUGGGGCCAGUGCUUAAAUAUUAAAAUACUGUUACAGAAGUUUAGCAACAAGACAUAAACAAAAUGAGCGUUAACAUGAUUUUAUGCUGAUAAAAUCACUUAUUAACCUUUUCUGUAUAAAGUUAUAUCCAAUUUUACACUUAGUUGUCAUGACGACGUGACCACGUUACACAUUGUUUAAACAUUAACCCUAAACUGAAUGUGAAAACGACGAUUUAAACAACUUUACAGUUUAAAUAAUACAUGAGUUUUAACAGAACAAUGAAUGUAUGUGCUUUUAUAGAAGUAGAAACUUCACAUUUCUGCCUUGAAACCCUUUAAAAAUGUGCCCCCUAUACAUUCAUUGUAAGUGCUUACAAAACAAAACCUCUUUUUUUUUUUUAAGCCGUGUCAAAAUUACUUUUUUGUGGUAAUCAAAAUUAUGCCACAAGUGCUUUCGACUGAGCUUAAUUUGUACUGAACCCGGAAUAUUCUUUUAAAUGUGGAGUUUUUUCCAAGCAGUGCUCUUAUCUCAGAGAGUAGAUUUCUUAAUGUCUUUUAUUCAUCUCACUCAGUAUUUCUGCAAUAGGGUGAUAUAAUGACUUGUGCGCAUUUGUUUGUUCACCAACAAUUGUCAGACAGCGGUAUAUUUAGUUAAAAUACAUUUUAGUAUGAACUUUUUUUUUCAACUAUAGUUUUGAAAUACUUUGUAGGUGAUUAUAUAACCAAAGUGAUGCAAAUACUGUUUUAAGACUGUUAAAAAGUAUUCUUCUAUUUUGUAUGCUUUUGUAUGUAAGAUAAGACCUGCUUUGGCUGAGAAAACAAAACAAAACUGAAAGUGGAGCGUUCCAGAGAAACUGUUUCAUUUGCAAAAUAAUUUAGGCUAUUUUUAGCAUUUGCCCACUGAUUACAGUCAAAUCAAAGUUUUUCUCCAAAGAUUUUUCAUUUUCUUCAUUUCAUUUAAGGUGGAUAUGGAAGUGGAUAUAUCCAUAUUAACAGAUGUUUGGGUUGACUGGAAAAUUGAAAGAUAUAUGAAGUUUCAAAGCUGUCAGGUUUGAUGAUUCAAUAAUUGGACUUCAUUAGUUUUAUAGUACACAACAUUAUAAAUAUACUUUAUUAUUUACAUGUAUAUAAUUGAAUAAAAGUUUAACCCCCAUUUUAUAAUUGCACUAUUCAUAUUAUGUCAGCUAUGCAAGCUAUUAUUGGAAAGAUUAACAUAUAUUUUGUAAUUGAAUUUAAAGAAAACUAUAUAAAAGGCUAUUUCAAGUAUUUGAUAUUCUUUUAUUGUUGUUGUACCUUUUAUAAUGUUUCCCCAAUUAAAGCAUUUGUGCAAUUGAAUACCAGUUGCAACAGUAUUGUCAACAGAGUACUGAUCAUGUUCACAAGUUUUGUCUCAAUUGUUGAUUACUUUUCAAUUUUGUAUCAUUUGGUUCCGAGUUUAACAGGGUUCAGAAGAAACACAUAACAUAUCUGUCAUAUCUGUGUCAAGAUUAAAGUUAAUAUGUUUUGGAUGCUCUUAUUACAGCAUUCCUACAUAGCACAUUCAAAGCCAUACAUGACAAACAUGUAAUGUUUGGAAACUGUGUUCAAAUGUGUUAAUUGUGCAAACUUGCAUAUGUCAUUAUUAAUUCAUUCCUGUUUCAGACCAUUAAACAU